UCUUUAUUCUCUUCCACCUCGUGCUGUCUUCUUUCUCGUCCUCCUCCUUAUCCUACUCAUCAUAUCCUCCUCGUUCUCGUCCACUUCCCCCUCCUCGCUCCACCACGCCACACCUGAACCACGCGCCUCACGAACCGCUUAUAACGAGCCAUGAGUGAACAGAGAGUGGGAGGUUGAUCGAAGAAAACAACACUUAUAAUGAUUAUCAUCCUCCCCAGAUCACCUUCGACAUUACUCACCUUCGCAACGUUUUUUACCCUCCCUCUUUCUCUCCCCCCCUCAGGCAUGGAGUCUUCAGGGGGCAACAUGAGCGAGCUUGAUCCUGAGCCUUCCAUCGAUCCCUCCACCCCUCGCCGUGUACGGGCUUUCGCGGGCACGACAGUCUUCAUGCCCUGUAUUGUCAACAACCUGGGCCAGCGCUCGGUGUCUUGGGUGCGUCACCACGACAUACACGUGCUGACAGUCGGGCGCUUCACCUUCACCAGCGACGGCAGAUUCGAGGCUCACCACGACGACGGCAGCAACGAGUGGCUCCUGAGACUGAGAUCACCAGCGGCAGGUGACUCAGGAACCUACGAGUGUCAAAUCAACACGAAGCCCACGAUCUCCCACCUGACGACGCUGCAGGUGCUUGAACCUCACGCAGUGAUCACGGCGGGGCGGGAGCUGUUCCUGGACACUGGAUCAACGCUGCGCCUCACCUGCAAGGUGCGCGACGCUCCUGGACCUGCCGACCACCUCCUCUGGUACCACGAGAAGAAGGAAGCCAAGAAGGGGACAGAGGAGGUGGAAGUGAACGUGUGGGAGGAGAAGCAUGCCACGAUUAGCAGCCUCACUCAACGGGACGCCCAGGUGCACGACUCCGGCCUCUAUACGUGCAGCCCUUCCAACGCCAAGCCCGCCUCCAUCAUGGUGCACGUGCUGAGCGGUGAACAGUCGGCGGCCAUGCAGACCAGCGCGGCGUCACGGUGUAUAUUGUGCAGGGCACCACGCACACCAACGCAUGCCUGCCCCACGCCCCUGUCAUGCCUCUUAGUGGUGCUCGCUUCUUUCCUACUGGGUGGCCGCCUACCGAUGUUUGUCCUCCUUCUGCUCCCCGUCGUCAUCCUCGGAGCCUCCAUGCAGCUGGUUUCCUGAGGCGCAGCGCGGAAAGUGGAGGUUCUCGUUGUGGCACCUCCUCCCCUCUGAGCGGUGCCUAUCACCUCUCUGCUGCGGUGCCAUGGAAUCAGUCAGGCAAUCAACUUCAGCGCUGAAUGACUGAAGCAGGAACAUGUUUGUUAGGAAGGAACCAUAGUAUUCACAGUGAUGUUCAGGCGUGUGUUGCAUCGGGUAUAUGGGUACAUGGCGCAGGGAUCAGUGGAGCCUCGACCCGUCAUCUUGCCUUGUCGCUGGGCCUCGCUUGCAUUAGAGGUAGCUAACUCACAGCUCAACCUACAUGGAAAGAUGUGCAAUGAGUAUUGAGUGGUUUGAUGUCUCUUGCAUCCUGAAAAGAGGAACAGAAUGCGGAGUGGGCGUCUUGUGCAGGUCGUGGCGGGAUAAAAGGCUGCAGGUAUAGGGCGAGGCGGGCGGUUUGCGGUGCCCUCAUCUUUAAACCAACACUGAAAAUCAUAUGCAGCGCACAGCUUGCAAAUUAAGUCUUACAAAACUGCCUUUUUUUUUACUUUAUAUAAGAUAUUCUGAGGCUCGGUGAUGUGGUGUCUUAGAGUAACAAUACGAGGAGGGAAGGAACUGUAUCACUGUGGUGACUACGGCGUGCAGCAUUUGUGUCAACCAACAGUGGCGGCGAGGUGUCCACUAACGUGGUGUGCACUAACGGUAGAGGUAGCCAAGGUGGAAGGGAAGGUCGGUAACUUUGCAAGGCUGGUGGGAAAAAAUCAUAUAAAAAGUAAGGACAGCUUUAGUGCGACUGAAGAAAAUUACGUAACGGCCUACAGGGUGUAAAGCUCCCUCUUUGGUAAUGGAUACUGUGUACGUAUUGUGAUAUUUCCCACUAUCCAGAACUUUGUGUAGAGACUUAGCAGUGUUGUGUGUAUCCCAGUACUGUACGUGUGUUGCAUGGCACGGCAGCAGGUGCUGUGUGACUGCAUGCUGCAGUGGAAGACCACCUACACAUUUGGGGAGACAGUUGUACAUGUAUUAUAAGUAUAGCGAGUCCCCCACGAUGCUGCACCUGUGGCGGGGUAGCAGGAGGGAACUUGUAGUAGUGCGUGGUCGUGUAGUCACACUAAGGAAAAUGAAGCCACGUCAGGCUUCCUCUUCCGUGAUUUCCGAGACCGUUGUUUACAUACUCUGAAUGGUUCUUGUGUUCAUGUGGUGGUGGUGUUCACUCACUUUGUACUAUACUUGGUAAUUUUGUAUCUGCAUGUGUUUGUGAUACACGGCUGUGUGGGUGUGUGUGAAGCGUGCUGCUUUUGAUGACCACGAUGCAGGAUGAGCGGACAAAGGCGUGUCCUGCUCAAGUGUUGAGCUCUUGUCAACUAAUCAUUCAUGAGACAGUGCC